CGACGAAACCGAUCGCGCACAGCAGUCCGGACUAGAGCCGUCGCUUUUCGCGAGCGCAGACACACACAUUCUAUAGAUAGUGUAUUAUCGGAUCCGAUUUUUGAACACACUCGUUGCUAUCGCCUCGUAAAAUGCGCCGAACAAUGCUGCUCAUCAUCGCCACGACGAUCCUCGCGCUCGUGGUCCAACAGAACAACGCAUGUUUUGUGAAGAGUACUUUGCGUUUUAUCCAAAAAACAAUCGUCAGAUGGGAUGGGUUUGAUGCAAAAUACUUACAAACAUUGGCCAUCAACGAUAAAAACGUGGACAUCAAAUACUGGAAUUCGAAACUCGGCAACCAUAAAUCUAUAAAAAUAAGGUUCGAUCACGAGUACGAGUUGUCAAAACAUUGGAUUCCGGAUAUGCCUUUAAAAGUGAUCAUACACGGAUGGCUCGACUCCAUCGUACACGAGGAUGGAGUGUCUUGUAUCAAAACAGCUUACUUAAAAGUCGGUGGAUAUAAUGUGAUAACCGUGGACUGGGGUGGCAUAGCUGGAUUCCGGAAUUACAUGUUGCCGCUGUUGAUGGUGUCAAAAAUAGGCGCCAGACUGGCCAAGGUGUUGGACAAUAUCGUAGACUUCGAAAUCGUCGAACCGUCGGACAUACACCUGAUCGGGCACAGUCUCGGGGCCCACAUCGCCGGCGUGUGCGGGUCCCUGAUGAAGUCGGGCAAGAUCGGCCGGAUAACGGGUCUCGAUCCGGCAGGACCGGGCUUUGAGUUUGCAAAGUUGCAGAAAAAAGGGCUGAAGAAAUCGGACGCUCUAUUCGUGGACAUUAUCCACACGUCGGGUGGAUCCACGGGCCUUUAUCACUCAGCGGGGCACGCGGACUUUUUCCCGAACGGUGGCAGCGUGCCUCAACCGGGCUGCUACGACGGUAUAAAGUUCGAUAGGAUAAUCGGACUCGUUGGCUGUAGCCACUCGAGGGCGUACAUGCUGUACGCCGACUCGGUGUACUACCCUGGUACGAUGAUGGCGUACAAGUGCCUGUCCUGGAAUGAGUUCGUGAGCGACGACUGCGACAAUGACGAGAAAACGCCGAUGGGACACAGAGCUUCACCCAAGGUGAGAGGUGAUUUCUAUUUCAGGACCACAAGCAGUCCUCCUUACAAUGAUCCGUAUGCACCGAAGGAAGACCUCUGAAGUUAUAUCCUCUUUAUAUUUCUAACGAGGUGAAGUCGUCACCGUGUACAGGCCAUGAAGACAUUCCUUCCAUUUGUUACAUUUUAAGAUUAACAAAAAUCUCAGCAAUAUUAAUUUGUAAUGAACACCAAGAAUAAACUAUUAAUAUUUUGAGUUUGAGUUAACGGACCUAAUAUUUUAGUCGUGUGAUAAAUCGAUUUGACUUAUUCUUAAUAUUGUUUUAUUAUUAUUCAUUAUUUUUAAUGUAAUUUAUUAUGUUUAUUGUUUAAAUAAAAUUAUUUAAAUUUCUGU